GGACGGGCCCGCAGUGGUACAUUCCGAAAGCGGACUGGUCUCUAUGGAGUUGUUGCUGAGGAGGAUUUUGAGUUACAGGAGCGAACUGGAGAGCUCGCUCGGCAACAUGGAGAGAAGAAUGUCUGCGCGCUACUUUAGGAAUAACCCUUACUCGGGCGGGAAUACAACAGUUGUUCUUCUUCUCCUUAUCGCAUCAGGUGUUCUGUGUAACCAGGUGUUGGUUCCGCCGCGCGUCAGUGCGGUUCUGGGCAAGAACGCGACGCUGGCGUGUCGCGUGGAGGUGGACAGCAACCUGAGCCUGACCCAGAGCUCCUGGGAGCGCCGUCUGCCGUCCGGCUCGGUCACGCUGGCCGUGUACAACCCGCGGCUGGGCAUCUCGGUUCCGCCCGAGUACGAGCGCCGCCUCUCGUUCCACUCGCCGUCGCCGCACGACGCCACCAUCGUCCUGGAGGACGUGAGCUUCGCCGACGUGGGCAUCUACACCUGCAAGGUCGCCACCUUUCCCCUCGGCAACACGCAGGCGUCCACCACAGUCAGUGUGCUGGUGGAGCCGAAAGUAUACGUGUCGGCGGGUUCCGUGGCUCUGGUUGACGGGGGCAACGAGACGGCGGUGGCGACGUGCAUUGCGGAGCGGGCGCGUCCGCCGGCCGAGGUCUCCUGGGAGACGGACCUGCACGGCGCGUCGGAGGCCCAGCUGCAGGACGAGGCCAACGGCACCACGACUACACAGGUGCACUACAUGUGGCACCCCAGCCGGCACGGCCAGGGCCACACGCUCACCUGCGUCGUCCGCCACCCUGCCCUGCAGGCCGACUUCAGGGUGCCCUACCUGGUCAGCGUGCUCUUUGCCCCGGACAUCAUGGUUCUGGGAUACGAUGGAGACUGGUUUGUGGGCAGAGAAAACCUCCAGCUGACCUGCCAGGCUAAAGCCAAUCCCCCUGCACACCACUUCAGAUGGGUCAGGCUGGACGGGGAGAUGCCCGAGGGUGUGGAGAUGGUCAACGACUCACUGGUGUUCCGCCGACCACUGCAGCGCAACGACUCAGGCGUGUACCGCUGCGAGGUGGGGAACAACAUCGGGUUCCGCAGCCGAGACCUCCGCAUCCGCGUCCACGAUCCCCCCACGACCACCAUGUUCCCCACCAUCUAUGUUCCCGUCCUAAAGUCCAGCAACCACACUACCGCGCCCGGUAACCGGCAGCGGGCGGUCUUUACGUCCCCGACCCUGGCACCGCUGCGGCCGGGCAGCCUGGGCAGCAUGGUGGGUGGAGCGGUCGGAGGUGCGCUCUUCCUGCUGCUGCUGCUGGUGCUGGCCGGGCUCUACUAUCAGAGGCAGCGCAGCACCUUCCGCGGAGACUACUACACCAAGCAGGGCCUGGGGCCCUCGGACAUGCAGAAGGCCCCUCCUCCUGCCCACGAGCUGCGCCAGCUCUACGGCGCCGUGGCCGGGAACGGCGGCCUGGACGUCAAGUCCUCCAGGGACGUCUGCGACAGAGGUGACCGCAGCGGCGGUUUCGUUUGCCGGGACAAGGACCGGGAGGAGUGGGGCGACUACGAUAGAGAGCGUGCCCCCAAUGGCCGAAGCAGCAGGGCGCUGAGGGCAGAGUUGACCGGGGAUCGCCAUGACUACCCUGAUCACCACAACUACCAGAACCAUUACAAUCACCAUAACCACCAUCACCCUGGCCACUAUCAGAACUACCAUGACGACCAGCGGAACCACCAUCACCCCGGGCCUCGUAGGUACCCUCCUCCGUCGAUGGUGACCAACGGAACCUCGUAUUUCCCUGACGAGGUCUACGACAACGAGUAUGUGUCGCACACGGACGGCUCCAUGAUCUCACGGCGCGAAUGGUAUGUCUGACUGCAUCAGAGGAGUCGGACAGCCGUCACUAAAUGAUCACACAACAUAGAAGCCACCUUUUGGAGUGAAGCUAUUGCACUUUUUUUGUUCAGUUUCUCUAGGUCUGCCUUCACUAAGAGACGUUUAGACAUGGACGUGUUUCCUUCACUCAGCUCUUCUAGGGAUGUAACGGAGCAUGUGCAGACGUGGUGUUUAGUCUAGAGACCUCAGCGCUGAGGAUCUGAAUCUAUUACUGGCUAGAAUGUAUGUGUGUGUGUCUGUUUUCUUUUCUUGGUCACCUGCACAGAAGAGUUUUUGUGUUUCUCGCUUCUUUGUUUUUGUUUUUUGUGCUCGUAGACUUUCAGAAGGCUUUUUUUUUUUUGGUCCACAGAUUCUCUGUCCGUGAGCCUUCACUCUCCCUACCCGGAGAGACAUUCCGAGCUCCACUCUGCCUUUCAGAGCACAGUCGCCACACAACCCUCUUCAUUAUCAAGUGAAAGCCCUGGGCCUGAGGAAUGCUGGAGGGCUCCUGUAAGCACCUUACUGCGUGCUUUGUCCUGAUGCCAGACCGGUCCCUUUGGAUCAGAGUUGCCAUUGUGUCCCCUCUGAGGCUCCGUAAUGGUGGCCUCUGGCACUCUGUCUUAAGAGCAUGUGCUGUGGCCACUAGCGACGGAAGAAAGGACAUUAGCAGGACACAGGAGUUUAGCUUGUUUGGUUGUUGUUUUUGUUUGUUUGUGGUGGUGUUGGGCUAUUUAAAAAGGAACAUGUUUAGUCAUAGACAUUCCCAUUAUGUUUCCCAUACCAAGAGAAUCUGGAGGAAGCCCCUCGUACACUUGAUAACUGAACGCAUAAACUGUUGAAGUGCUGAUCUGUCAGUCAGCUCUGGUAUGCAAUGGUCAUGUUGUGUUUGCACUUCUCGUGUUGGAAGAAGUCGUUUACAUUGUUAGUCUGGACCACAGGCAGACUUACUCUCCUCCGACGGGAUCUGUGAACUGUGCUAGAAUUGAUCACCACUUUUGUUUGUGCCUUUUUGUCUUGCGUUUCUACGUGUACCAGAACAAACUCGUUUAUAUAUCUGUGUGUCUGUUUCAGGGGAUGUAAGUGUGUGUGUUUGUGUGUGUGUGUGUGUGUGUGUGUGUGUGUAGGCAGGCAGGCAUGCAGGCUAGUGCCCUUGUCUUUGGUGCUAACCUUCGCGGUAUUAUGGUGUCAAAUGUGUAAAGGUAACUUGCCAGUGCAAUAACUUUUAUUUAUUUUGAUUUCUUAGCCAAAUUAUGUUUCACAGAUGACAUUACUGUGAUUAAUUUUUUGUUUUGUUUUUUUAUUUCCAAAUCAUCUUCAUGCCUGGGUUGAAAAUAUGAGAACAUAAUCUUGAAACAUUUGAUGGAAUCUUGUUUGGGAAGCAGAGUGCCUUCUCCCCUUGAUCAUGACCUGGACGUGUGUGCAGUCUCCAGAUCAAAACCAACUCUGUCCCAGGACUUUUCUCUUCUGCUUUUGGUCUCAGACUGCAAUCCUGCUCUCUGAUCUCUAGUUCAGACUGCAGUCCUGCUCUCUGAUCUCUAGUUCAGACUGCAGUCCUGCUCUCUGAUCUCUAGUUCAGACUGCAGUCCUGCUCUCUGAUCUCUAGUUCAGACUGCAAUCCUGCUCUCUGAUCGCUAGUUCAGACUGAAUUCUGGGAUUGACUUCAGCUUGUUUAUGUUUGUUUAUGUUUGCUUGACAUUUAGCAUGACAUUUGUGACACCAGAGUUACAAAACAAACAAAAACAAAUACCACAAGUAACUUGAGUGAAAUUGUGUAAUAAUAAUAAUAAUAAAUAAUAAUAAAAAAUUUUAAAAAAACGUAGAACUGCCAGUGGAUGUAUGGGCGGUGGGACUGGACUGAGGACUUCGAGGCGGACUGGCUUUAAGCAGCGACCUUCACAGUAUCUUGUUUGUUUGUUUCUUUCUUUGGAUGUAUGUUUGUUUUUCUAAAAGGCAAAUGAGCCUGAGAAUUGAUAUGACACAUGACAGAUCCACUUCACCUGAGCGCCCAGGUGCUUCACCUCACCUGAGCGCCCAGGUGCUUCACCUCACCUGAGCGCCCAGGUGCUUCACCUCACCUGAGCGCCCAGGUGCUUCACCUCACCUGAGCGUCCAGGUGCUCCACCUCACCUGAGGGUCCAGGUGCUUGUCCAGCUCCGCCUCCUGGCCUCUGCAGUUGCAGACCCGCUCUAGAGCAGAGAAAUCACAAGACAGUAUGAUGCUGUAUGAAUGAGCUACAUUUGUUUGAAUAAAGCACCUUUUGGAAUCGUCUCUCUACUGUGUUUAAUGUGGUGAAGAUGGAAGUGUGUGUGUGUGUGUGUGUGUGUGUGUGUGUAGGAGAGGCAAGAUUAGAUGUGUGUGUGGUUGUGGGAUGGUUCUGUUUCACAGACACGUGCUCUCUGAUGUGUGUGUG